AUGGCAAAUCUCAACAGAUACAGGCGAAGCCAUGCUCGCGCAUCCUCACCUGACCUCACCGACUUUUCACAUAAAGAUUCCUCCGAGAGAAACAAUCGUCAGAAUUCGGCCCCAGAUUCAGCGCCAAAUCCUAACCCCCCUCCUCCAACUUCACCUAGACCACCUCCGUCGAUUAUCCGAGGGCCCAACCAUACAAGUAAUGGUCAUGAUUCCAAUUAA